AUGUCUCUCAAUGGGCUAGAUAAUCCCGCUGUUCUCGAAGCCUACCAGACUGCCCUGACUGAAGCGGGAGGAUGGUUCCUUCUUCAUUACGUAUCAAGAGAUGAGGUCGCUCUCCUUGAACGCGGAACAGGCGGGGUGCCUGAGGUGCGGAAUGCGAUCGACGGCUAUGAGGAAAAGUCUCCGCUCUAUGGCUUUCUACAAUAUCGUCGGAGGAAGUUGGUGAUUAGUUUUAUGCCCCAGGGCAUGUCUCGGCUUGUACAAGGUAAUGACCUUCGGAGUCUGCUUGGUUUUGGACCUUCAAUUAACGCAGUUGGAACCCUCUCCCUAGCUCGAACUACGGUCCAGUUUCAAUCGGUCUUGGACAAAUUCUCGCCGCAUGACACUGUCUUUUCUCUGACGCAGUCGACGGAACUCACUGAAAGUGCACUAUCCUCCGCAUGCUUGCUCCAUGCUGCUUCAGGUUCUAUCACCUCUUCCUCGAACUCCCUCCGCCGCCGCAGGCUGAUGGAAAUAACGGAAGAUGCAGAGGAAAAUGCCACCGGCAAGGACGAAUCGCAGGCACAGUCUCCACCCACAGAUACUCGACAAAGAUCUGCCAGCCAGCUAUCUCAUUCCACUGUGGCUACCCCGCGAGCUGCAUCGCGCGCUCAGACCGUUGACGAAGAGUCGCCCGCUGUGAGCAGCCCCAUCGAAUCGCAAUCCGACGUGCCAGCUCCUUCCAUGCCCUCAGACCCUACCUCCGAACGUCCAUCGUCGCGAAGAACACUGCAAGAAGACCCAUCCCACCCGUCCUACGAACCACGGAAAUCUUCGCAGUCCGCCAGACCGUCGCUACGGGAUCUAGAACAGGUUACACCCUCUCCAAAGGUCAAGCUUGGUCCCCGGCCUUCGGUGGAUAACAGCGGACGGCCUCGCACUGCAGGUGGCUUGUCUCGAAACCAAGAUCAACGACCCGUGGCUUCAUUGCCCGCGGGCAUUCGGUCUUCUUCAUUACGAAAACCCAAUCCCAAUUCUCCCCGUCCCCGAUCGCAAGGAAGCCCUUUGGCAUCCACGCCCCGCAAGGGGGCGCCACCGGUACCCCCCUUACUUGUGCCUCCGCUGUCAAUGUCAAUUUCAAGGCCCCAGAUUUCGCCUGGUGCCAAGUCAUUGAGCGCAAUGUCUUCAGCAAGUGGGAUGUCUCCCGAGAAGGAGCGGUUGAUGAAAGCACUUCAGAUGCGCAAGAAGCAGAUGGAGAAACGAGCAGAAGAAGGGAAGAAGAACCAGAAGGCUACCGAGGAACAACAAGAUACAUCAUCAAAUGCCGAUGGGGACAAGGAGAACAUGGAUCAUGCUGAAAAGCUCAAGAAUGUCGAUGAAGUGGGGCAGAAAGAAGAAGAAAAGGGACAAGCAACCCCUACCCGUGCAGAGCCCGGCAAAGAGGUAAAUCCCAUCUCAUCAGAUCUGUCAAAACCAGAUCCAGCUGUUGACAUGGCUAUUUCUGAUUCCGACGGGGAUCAGCCCUCCAAUACUUCCCUUUCCAGUACUGCUGCGACCGAUUUGACCGACCGCAAUGAAUCCCCUGAAACUGAUCAGUCCCAAACCCCACCAACGACUGCCCACCAACGUGAAACAGACGUGCUGGAAAAGGACUCGGCGGUUUUUGUUGACAGUGAGGCUAAGAGUGGCCCGGGCUCUUCUAGCGCGACCAUGGAAGUCCCACUCGACAAGUCGGAAAAAGCUCCAGAAGAAAUUGCCCCCCCUACCCCCGAAACAGGGAACCCCCCGGCCCCUGUUGGAAAAGAGGCAGACGUAGCUACAAAAACACCUGAAUCCACUCUUCCCGACACACAAUCCCAUGCCUCACAACCUGACCCUGUCGCUGAUCCAUCGACGCCAACUGCUCUGAACGUCCCUGAAUCUGAACAUGAUUUAACCCCUGAGGCCAAACAGCCAGUCAGAGUUGAGCGAAAGGAUAAACGAAAACCUUACCUUGAGCCUCUUCAGGUCCCCACCCCAGAAUAUUCUGAUGACGAUAACCUGCUCUCGGAUGAUUCCUUCAUGGAAGAAUUGAGAAGUGCCACGUUUGAGGAAGCUAAGCCCGUGGAAGUCGGGAAGUCUCCGUUAUCACCGGUCUACUCGACCAAUGGUAACGAGCAGACGGGCCCCGAUGCAUGGAGGAACUCACGGGCGGUUUCGAACCCAAGUGCCUUGGGACGUCAACCGCCCACCCUGCAGCCACUAGCUACGAGCAGAUCCGUGUCUAGUCCUUACGGAGAUCUCGAACGCCCUACGACACCUGUCCUGGUGGCCAAGAAGAUCAACGUAUCCUCAGGCAUCUCGAAACGCAUCCAAGCUUUGGAAAAACUUUCGAACACUCGGGAGUCGUCUCCUUCGAAUUCAAACCAAAACCUGGCUGCACCUACACCUGCUUCCUAUGAUCCUCUCCGGAAGCGUGCCUCUAUCUCGCUGGGUAAUGGACAGCAGGAUUCAACCUCGUUGUCCAGAACUCCAUCGUUCUCAUCAGAAGCCAUCUCUCGAGCCCCGAGUUUGGCGCGUCGUGACUCUCAGUCUAGCACGAACGCCACAAGCUCUGUUUCUGUGACAGCUCGAAUAGUCCGCGACCCGAACAUCACUCCAAAUGACCCUAAACCUGAUCCUUUCGACUCGGGUGUGCUCAAUCUCCAGGCUAGUCCUUUGACCGUUGAGCACAAGGCCGCGGAAAGCCCUGCCUCGCAAGACGUGGCGGUAGAGGCUGAGAGCAGCCCAGAGCGGAAACGUAGUCCGUCUAUGUCAUCUGUUGGCUCAGGUCAGAAGUCCGUGACACCCACGAUUCCAGCCCGUUCGGAGAGCAGACUGUCUGUCUCAUCGCACUCCAAGGGCGAAGCAAUUUCUCCAAGAUCACCUGAAAUGGCUUCCAGCCCCGAAGACAAGAAGGAAUCUCGCGCUUCUCGACUGCUCCGUCGUAUGUCGUCCAUCACGUCUAGUUCGCGGAAGAGCGUAGCUAGCGCACUGAGCCCAGCGGCAAAGGAAGAAGACACAACCGCACCUCCAGCUCAGAAGUCGGAUACGAGGCUCGAGGCUCCCCAGGCCGUCGACAUUGGCGAAGUCAACGUUCAGUUCCCGGACACUCUUUUAUGGAAACGACGAUACAUCCGAGUCGAUGACAAGGGUUAUCUGGUCUUGACCCCAGGAAAUGUUGAUUCAAGCAACCGCAAUCUCAUCAAACGCUACCAUCUGACUGAGUUCCGAACACCUUGCCUCCCAGAUGAAGAUCGACAGGAACUGCCGAACAGCAUCUUGCUCGACUUCCUCGAUGGAAGCACCCUUCAGUGUGCAUGUGAAUCGAGACAGGGGCAAGCAUCUGUGCUCCAAACUCUUGUCCAUGCUCACAGUACUCAGCAACAACUUGUAUCUCAAUAG